UUGGCUACGAAGCUCCCAGUUACUCAAUUCCACGAGAGAAAAGGCAGACAAAAGGUGACAGAAGAUAACCAUCAUGGCAUCAGCAAGCCUGCAGUUCUUUGCUUUUAUUCUGGCUUUGUUUGGUGCUUUUGGAGAUAUCGCAGCCACCUUGCUACCAAACUGGAAGGUAAAUGCAGACGUUGGUUCAAAUAUCAUAACAGCUAUAACACAGAUGCAAGGACUUUGGAUGGACUGCACAUGGUACAGCACGGGGAUGUUCAGCUGCACCCUGAAAUACUCCAUUCUCUCUCUCCCCGUCUACAUCCAGGCUGCACGGACCACCAUGGUGCUGUCGUGUAUCCUAUCAGCCUUUGGGAUCUGCAUCACUACAGUCGGAAUGAAAUGCACAAGGCUAGGAGGCGACACUGACAGCAAAAAUAACGCUUGUUUUGCUGGAGGAAUCUGCUUCAUUCUUGCAGGAAUCUUUGGAUUAGUACCAACGUGCUGGUACACGAGAGAAAUUAUUUCAAAUUUUCUGGACCAGACCAUUCCAGAGAGUAGUAAACAUGAACCAGGAGGCGCAGUUUAUACUGGAUUCAUCUCAGCAGGAUUUCUGCUUAUCGCAGGUGUGAUCUUCUGUUCUUCCUGUUUUAAAAGGCAGCAAGGAGCAUGGAUUUACCCUCCAAAGCAGCACCAUUUUCCAUCCACAGAGCAGGAGAGCAAUGCAGGUUACAGCCUGAAGGACUAUGUAUAA